CGUGAUGACGGAGGAGCGAUGUCCUCAGCUGGUGGAUUAUUUCGUGGUGGCGGGUCUGACAGGCGCCUCUGCUCCGCUGGAUGAGGAGGGGCAGCAGCGGGGCGUCCGGGCCGUCCUGCCCGUCACUGACCUGGCCGUGAUCGCCCGCGGGCUGGGGGAGGACGUGCCCGAGGGAUUCACCUGCAUCGAGAAAACGCCAGGAGGACAUCCGGCCGAGCUGAGCGCCGGACUGCUCAAUAACACACACAUGUUCCUCUGCUACAGGAGAGGACACGACAAACCGCCCAUCGUGGAGCUCGGUGUUCUGUACGAGGGUAAGGAGCCGGUGCGCUCCGGUUGGCAGGUGAUCGAGACGACACCAUACAGCCGCUCCGCCAGCCUGAGCUCCAGCGGGCCCACGACCCACAGAACCUUCCUGAUGUUCCGCAGAGCUCCAGACUCGCAGGCGCUCAACACACUCGGGGUCACCGAGAUCUCUCUGCUGAUGCCCAGCAAGGGCGAGACGGCACCACACACCUACUGCAGAGUGGACAAGAACAUCAACACGGGCAUGUGGGGACCAGCACUGUAUCUCUGCUACAAGCGUUCAGCAGCUAAAGCAAAUGCCCUGGUGUACGAAGCAGGUCUGAUCAGCAGGUAUCCUGAGCAGGAUCUGGAGUCGUUUGCUCUGCCGGACUCAGUGCCCGUGUUCUGUCUCCCGAUGGGGGUGACUGUGGAGAGCUGGCCGCUCAACACCAAAUACCAGCUGCCCGUCUUCUCCACCUUUGUGCUGACCAGCGCCUGCGGAGACAAGGUCUACGGAGCUGCCAUCCAGUUCUACGAGGCGUACCCGCGCGAGUGUGUGUCGGAGCGUCAGUGUGUGCGUCUGGGUCUGCUGAGCGUGGUGGACCGCCGGCCGAUCACCAACCGCAGCCUGCAGGUCAAGAAGAGCAUCUGCGUGCUCUCACACUGGCCCUUCUUCAGCGUCUUCCAGAAGUUCCUCACGUUCAUCUACAGAUACUCCAUCUCUGGGCCACACGUGCUGCCGCUGGAGAAGCACAUCUCGAGCUUCAUGCACAAUGUCCCGUUCCCCUCGGCUCAGCGUCCUCGUAUCCUGGUGCAGCUCUCUCCAUAUGAUAACCUGCUGCUCUGUCAGCCCGUGUCGUCUCCGCUGCCGCUCAGUGGUGCCAGUUUUGUGAAGCUGCUGCAGAAUCUGGGUCCGGAGAACACGUGUUCACUGCUGCUGGCCGUCCUGACCGAACACAAGCUGCUGCUGCACUCGCUGCGGCCCGACGUGCUGACGUCUGUGAGUGAAGCACUGCUGUCGAUGACGUUUCCCCUGCGCUGGCAGUGCCCGUACAUCCCUCUGUGCCCGCUGCGGAUGGCGGAUGUGCUGUGCGCCCCCAUGCCCUUCAUCGUGGGCGUUCACUCCAGCUACUUCGACCUGUACGACCCGCCGUCUGACGUGGUGUGUGUGGAUCUGGACACCAACACCAUUUUCCAGUCUGAAGAUAAGAAGCCUCUGUCCUGGCGCUCACUGCCCAGAAAACAUGGCAAGAUCCUGCUCAACUCACUGACUAACCUGCACAAGACCCUGGAGAAGAUCUACACGCCGGGGCAGGAGGAGGCCACGCUGGAGUUCCUGCUGACGGAUUAUGAUCUGAUCUACGGCCGACAGAAGCAGCUGGAGCUGGAGAUCCAGGAGGCGUUCCUGCGCUUCAUGAGCUGCUUACUGAGGGGAUACAGAUCAUACCUGCUGCCCAUCACACAGGCCCCGUCUGACAGAACCACUGACUGCAGCUCACUCUUCAACCUGCAGGGGUUCCUGAAGUCUCGUGACCGGACGCAGCAGAAGUUUUACACACAGCUCACUAAGACUCAGAUGUUCACUCAGUUCAUCGAGGAGUGUUCGUUCGUCAGCGAUCGCCACGCCAGCCUCGAGUUCUUCGACGAGUGUGUGCAGAAGAUGGACGUGGAGAAGCCAGAGGAUGUGCGUCUGAUGGAGCGUGAUGAGUGUGUGAGCGGUGAACAUACGGUCUUCAUUAUGCCUCCAGAGGAGCCGCAGCAGCCCGACGGCUCUGAGUGUCCUGCACAUUACAGCUAUGACACGUUCCCGGUCCUCCAACCGGAUCUGUUCGAGCGGCCCCAGGAUCAGCUCCGCACCCCCGCUAAAGGAAGUGCCCCCAGUAGCCCCGCCCCUCGACGCACCAAACAGGAGAUCAAGCUUGCGCAGAAGAAGGCUCAGAAGUACUCGUCGGUUCCGGAGAUGUGGUCCAAGUGUCUGCUGGGUCACUGCUAUGGGUUGUGGUUCAUCUGCCUGCCAUUCGUCAGGGCCGAGAGCGGGAAAGUCAGAGCGCUGCACACUGCGUAUGAGGUGCUCAAACACAUGGAGACACGCAAGGUGGUGCUGCCAGACGAGGUGUGUUACCGUAUCCUGAUGCAGCUGUGUGGUCAGUACGGUCAGCCUGUUCUAGCAGUUCGGGUUCUGCUGGAGAUGAAGAGAGCAGGAAUAACCCCAAACACCAUCACAUACGGAUACUACAAUAAAGCGGUGCUAGAGAGCAAGUGGCCAUCCACCAAUCAGGGAGGGCGUCUUCGCUGGGCAAAGCUUCGUAAUGUGCUAUUGGCUGUGGCUCAGUUCAGGCAGCCAAUCAAACAGCAGCAGAGGAGCGCAUCAUUCAGCAUCCCCUCAGAUGUGCUAAAUAAGCCCCGCCCCACUCAGCUCUGAUUCGCCAGGUCCAGCUGGAGCGGUUUGAGUGAAAGCUCGAGUCACGAAUCGCUGACGAGUUUUGGCCAAGAGCACAGCCUGAGCAGCGUUCAGCCCCACAGGAAGCAAACGUAAUGUUUUCUGCUUCUCUCAGAGCUGACGCUGAAGAAAGCAGGAGAUGUGAGCGCAGACGCCGGCUCCCGCAAGCCUCCGGCGGGCCGCAGGGAUACACUGAGUCCUCCUGCACCGGUGCUGGUGCGCCGCAGCGACGUCUGCCUGUCCACAUUCUACAGAGACUGUGCUGAGCCCACCGAUGCAGACUGCAGAAACCAGCCCGCCGAGAGGGACAGCAGGUCAGUGGAGGUGAAGGAGACUCUGAACCGCAAGUCUGUGGAUGAAAACUACAACACGGUUUCGUCUCCGAGCCGCGGUCUGGCUGGAAAAUUGCAGCAGCUGCUGACGCCGACGCGUAACCGAGCGUCUGUUCGCCGUGCCGCCAGUGUGGAUGACAGACGAGCCAAUGGGAACACUCGCCGCGCACACGAGCAGAAGCCCUCACGCAAGAGCCAGAUGGCGGAGAGCCUGCUGAAGGCCAAAGAGAGACUCUACAACGCCACCUCUGAGAGCUCUCUGUCUGUUGGGAGUGACAUUGACAUGGCUGACAUGCAGACGCUGGCGGUUCCUCUCAGGAAGUCCUGGACUCUGCACAGGAAGCAGGCGGCAUUGAGGUGUGUGCUGAUGUCGAGCUGUUCGCUGUGCCGCAGCUGUAAUUCUCUGGUGUAUGAUGAGGAGAUUAUGGCCGGCUGGUCCUCUGAUGACUCUAACCUGAACAGCACCUGUCCGUUCUGCUCCGCCCCGUUUGUCCCGCUGCUGAACGCCGAGAUCUGCGACCCGGGGCCCGUCUGCAGUACGGAGCGCGGGACUCUGCAUGCGGAGGAUGAGCUGGAGAAUGCCAUGCGUCCCCCUGCUGGCCGAGACGACACACUGCAGCACCUGUGCAACGGCAGCAGAGAGGCGGACUCCAGCUCCGAAACCAGCAGCCAAUCAGAGAGCAGUGUGCCGUCGGGUGGUGGAGCCCCGCAGGUGACCGUGGAGUACCUGAGCCCGCUGGUGCUGCGCAAGGAGAUGGAGAGUCUGCUGGAGAACGAGGGUGAGGGUGUUCUCUCUCAGGUCCUCUUGCUGGACAGCCACUCCAUCAUCUUCUGGAACCUGGUGUGGUAUUUUACCCGCCUCGGCCUGCCCACCAACCUGCCACACCUGCUGAGGGCGUCGCCACUGACCGCUGCGUUUACACAGGGGCUGGAGGGUGUGUCGGUGCGUGUGCGUUUGCUGUGGGACACUCUGAGUCCAGAUACGGAGCAGUGGCCGCCGCUCUACAUGCUCUGGAGGAUCCACAGUGGCGCUCUGGUGCGCAGCUACAGCUGGAAACACCACAAUCACCCGUUCAGCCUGAGCUUCCUGGAGGAGCUGCUGCGCUGGAUCGGCAUGAACGAGGUGCACAAGGCCAUCACACACUUCCUGGAGACGCUGGCCAAGCAGAACACACAGCCACGCAUACAGAGGAGUCUGUACAGAGAGAUGCUCUUCCUCACUCUGGCUGCUAUGGGUAAAGAUCAUGUUGCUUCGUUUGAUAAGCGCUAUAAGGCAGCGUAUGUGCGCUUGAGCAGUUCAGUGGGUCGAGAGGAGCUGAAGAAGAAGAGAGUUCAGCCGCCCAGCGCUAAAGCCAUCGACUGCAGACGCUGCUUCCUGCUGCCGCUCCACUGCUGAACACACACACACACACACACACUUAAAGACUCACACACACAUUCACUAUUACAGACUGCAAUCAUACACACUCUGCUUGUCUCGUUGUUCACUCAGUAUACAGACACACACACACACACUUCUGCACAACCACUCACGCACUCCACUGGUUUCACAUUAAGAAUACACACACACACACACACACAUUUACACAAACACAUACUCUCACUCCUACACACUAUUACACACUCCACUCAUACACACACUCUGCUGGACUCUCCACUAGUUUUACACUGAUAAUGUAUACGCACACACACACACACACAAACCACAAGUAUAGGAACGCACACUCCACUCAUACACACACACACUCUGCAGAUCUCAUUGUCACACUGAGUAUAAACACACACAAACACACGCACGCACACACACUCUCCAUCUCUCCCCAAAAUAUAGAAACACACACUCCACACAUGAACACACUCCACUGGUUUCACACUGACUGCACACACACACACACACACACACACACUCUUUAGCCGCUUCUGCUGGCGUGUUCAGUGGACUCUCCUGCGCUGUGCAAUGCAUCAUGGGAAAUGGAGUGCUGCUCACAGCCGGCGCUCGGACACACACUUCCUGUCCAGACUGGCGCUCAGAGGAAGUGAUGUCAGGGUUUACCUCGGUUAUUCUGCUGCCUCGUGGAGCUCAGUGGCAGCAGAGCAUCAUGGGAGAUGGUUUGUUUGCUGCUCAUUCUGCACCUUCAGCUGGAGGAGACUGUCUGCAUGGCGGACGCUUCUCUUCAUCAUCAUCGUCUUCAUCAUCAUCGUCUUCAUCAUCAUCGUCUUCAUCUUCACUCACAGUACAGAUGAUUUCAGCAUUACAGCACUGUUCAUCAUGUUGACCUGUACACAAGUGUGUAUGUGUGUGUGUGGGUGUGUGUGUGUGUGGGGAAGACUGUGUUUGUGUGAAAGUGUGUGAAUGUGCACACAUGUACGCAUGUGUGUAUGCAACCUUUGUGUUUGUAUAUGUUUGUGUGUAUGUACAUAUGUAUGAGAGUGCGUGCGUGUGUGCGUGCGUGUGUGUACAUAUGUAUGAGAGUGUUUGUGCGUGCGUGUGUGCGUGCGUGUGUGCGUGUGUGUACAUAUGUAUGAGAGUGUUUGUGCGUGCGUGUGUGCGUGCGUGUGUGCGUGUGUGUACAUAUGUAUGAGAGUGUUUGUGCGUGUGUGUGUUUGUGCGUGUGUGUGUGUGUGUGCGUGCGUGCGCGUGCGUCCGUGUGUGUGUGUGAACCGUUUAAAGAGUUUUGAGUGCAUGUAUGUAAAGAGUGUGCAGUGUGUGAAUGCGAGUUUGAGUGUGUGUGUGUGUGUGUGUGUGUGUGUACAUAUGUAUGAGAGUGUUUGUGUGUGUGUUUGUGCGUGUGUGUGUGUGCGUGCGUGCGUGCGUGUGUGUGUGUGAACUUGUCCGUUUAAAGAGUUUUGAGUGCAUGUAUGUAAAGAGUGUGCAGUGUGUGAAUGCGAGUUUGAGUGUGUGUGUGUGUGUGUGUGUGUGUGUGUGUGUGAGUGCGAGAAAGUGUUUGUGAGUACGUAGGUAUGAGAGUAUUUGUAUGUGAGUGUGUGUGAUUAAGCAUAUGUGAGAGUGUGUGAGAAUAUAUUUUAGAGUGUGUGUCAGUAUUUGUGUGUGAGCGCAUGGAUGUGUACAAGUGAGUUUGUGUGAAAGUGUGUGAGUGCGUGCACGUGUACGCAAGUGUGUAUGCGACCUUGUGUUUGUAUGUGUGUGUGUGUGUAUGUACAUAUGUGAGUGUUUCUGCAUGUGAGAGUGUGUUUGUGUGUGUGUGUGUAUGCAUGUGUAUGCUAGUGUGUGAAUGCGAGUUUGUAUGUGUAAGUGAAUGUGUGUGUGUGUGUACAGUAUGUGUGUGUGUAUACUGUAUGUAUGUAUGUAUGUGUAAGAGAGCAAGACAGCAUGUAUGUAAAAGAGAGUUUGUAUGUAUGUGUGUGUGUGUGUGUGUGUGUGUGUGUGUGUGUGUGUGUGUGUGUGUGUGUGUGUGUGUGUGUGUGUGUGUGUGUGUGUGUGUGUGUGUGUGUGUGUGAUUAAGCAUAUGUGAGAGAUGGAGAGUGUGUGAGAAUAUAUUUUAGAGUGUGUUAGUGCAAGUUUGUGUGUGUGUGUGUGUGUGAGACAGAGAGAAAGUGUUUGCGAGUGCAUACAUGUGUAUCCAAGUGUGUGUAAGUGUGUAUGUGUGUGUAUGUGUGUGUGAGAGAGUUUCUGCACUUGUAUGUUUUUGUGUGUGUGUGUGUGUGUGUGUGUGUGCGUGUGUGUGUGUGUGUGUGUGAAUGUGAAUCAUGGUUCAUGAGGGAACUCUAGGAUCCUUUAGUCUUAAUUUGAGGAAUAAUGAGGAAUUCUGCCACCAGAGGAAGUGAUGUCAGAGGAAGCUGUAGUUCCUGCAAUAAUAGCGCAGCAUGAGGGACGUCCACUUUGUGUUUUGAAACUCCAAACUAAGAGAGAAGAGAGAGAUUAUAAAGCUAUAUUUAACUGUUCAUGUGUUUGCUGUGCUAAUUUAUAUUGAUGUGACCUUUGACCUUUGUUGUGAAUGUUGUUUUGUUUUUUAAGAAAAAGAGUUUUAAGACCUUCA